UCAGUGAACUUUUUGAAAAGAUAUAGGAAUUUCAUAAGGAUAAGAGCUUCAUUCAAUUAUACCAUUAAACUUAACUACGAUUUUAGGUAAUGUUAUCAAGUUUCACAACUUCUUUAAUUAUGGAAAUAUUUAAAAGAAUGCUAUGAAAUAAAUGACAAUCUAAAGGAAUUCAAAGAUGGCAGAAGGAAUAGCUAUUUUGGUAGUGAAUGAAAAGGAAAACAUAUGCAGUAAUAACGCAAGCAAGGCACCCUUUAAAGACAGAAACAUAUUUGAAUUUGAUCAUGACCUUCUAACAUCCAUUUUUAAUACUCGUCUGGGAUUUGAGUGUGUAUAUCUAAAAGAUGAUCAUGAAAACACUGAAGAAUUUAACAACAAUCAAGAAGAUGGUGAAGACACACAAGAAAACUUAACAGCGCACGCUGACGAUAAAACAGUUAAUGUAGACGAAAAAACAGAAUCAACAGAAAAUAUAAAAACAAAGGAAAAGGGAACUAAUGGAGAAGAUAGUAUUGUUCUAGCCUUAGAAGCUUCACUUAAUUCUGGGGAAAAUAAUGCGUAUUUAAAUAAAGAUUUGUCAAAUGAUGACUUGGCACAUUCAACUGGAAUUCAAGACCCAAAAGAGUGUGGAUGUUUACAAUGUAAAGUUCGUGUCAAAGCUGGAAACUCAGAGUCAAAAUACUUCCUUUGUGCGAUCAGUUCACACGGUGAGGAAAUAGAUGGUCAGAUGUCUAUACAGUUUUCUGAUGGGCAGUUUUUUCCACUCAAUGAUAUCAUUGAAAAGUUUUCGGACAAAGCCUGUCCCGAAUUAAAAGGAAAGAUAAAGAUUUUCCUCAUCCAGGCCUGCCGCAAAGACCCACAUGUAAAACUGGAAGCCUAUAAGGAUCAAGGAGUAAAGAUUCAAUGCGCAAAUAGUGGUGCAGCUGGUGCGAAACAGGCAAGUGGGGGCCAUAUUGAUAUGGAAGAUUCACCAGAAACUGGUCAGAUAGCCAUAGCAGCAGGAAGAAUUCCACGGAACACUCUUCUAAUAUUUUCAUGUUGGUCAGGAAGACCGUCUUAUAGAACAGUAGAUAAACGAUCAGCAGACUGCAUAGUUAUGGCUGGCGAAGAUGAAGAAAUAGAUGGUUCUUGGAUGAUCAGAGAAAUGAAGAAAGUAAUUGACAAAGAAAAAGGCACCAUCAAUUUCCUAAGUACUCUUACAAAAGUAGCAGCUGCUGUUGCCGAAAGGGAGACAGGGGAUGGUUGUAAGAGCACAAUGACAAUUAUACACACUUUGACUCAGCCAAUAUAUUUUAAAUUGAGAAAUCCUGGCGAUUCUGAUGACGAGCCUGGCGAUUCUGAUGACGAGUUGAAAUUGGAUAAAGCAAACAUCAACUGCUAGACUCACUUACUUUAUAAUUGUUUACUGUAUAAUAAGUUGCCUUAUAAUCAGGAAUUUUUGUAAAUUUUGUUUUGGUGGUGUGAUUUGUGUUGCUUCACAAUAAUUAUAUUACGUUUAUGUUACUAUUAGUGGUUUCAAAUAUGGAGUACAUUUCGUUACGACUGAUAUGAGAUGUAUUCCAGCUUGCUAAAUGGCGUGUUUCGACAAGUCGACUUUAUACCCCGACUGUUCAUUGUUCUUCCCAACAGUUCAUUUUAUGUUUACCAUUGUAUUGUCCAUGAUUUUCCAUAUAUGCAACUCUGUGUGUAUAUGCAACUCUGUGUUUAUAUGCAACUCUGUGUGUAUAUGCAACUCUGUGUUUAUAUGCAACUCUGUGUAUAUAUGCAACUCUGUGUUUAUAUGCAACUCUGUGUGUAUAUGCAACUCUGUGUUUAUAUGCAACUCUGUGUUUAUGCACGGGUGUAGUUUGAGUUUGGAUUAACAGGUUUGUAUGUAUAUUAACUCUGAAUUUUAUUGGUCCAUAGUAUUAAGUAUAUGUUAACCUUUACUGUAUGUUAUUACCUUGUAAUGUUUUUUAUCCCAAAAAUACUGCGAAGUUCAUUUUAGAUAUGAUAGCUUUGAAAAUCAUAGUUCUUCAAACAAUCUUAUUAGUAAAGCAGCUAUAAAGACAGUUUCUUUAGCUGAACCUUGCAUGGCGGUGAAUAGAAAAUGUUUUGCAUUUUUUCAUAGCCUAGAUCCUCUAAUACAUGCCAAGAUUACCGCCAGAUUUUACCACAUCUACAAUUUAUUUUAUAAAAAAAUGUGUGUUAAAUGCUCUAAAUCCUGUGCAAAACUCUAUUUUUAUUAUUUCUUAAUAUAAACUAAUACAUUCUCAUGUAUAUAUGCUGUCUUAUGUAUUAUGAAAUAAAUUGUAAACUUUC